AUGGUCGCCCCGCAGAUGCCCCAGCUCCUCUCCUCGACGGUGAUCCUGGCGCUCUUUUUCCUUCCCCAGGCACAGCCGGCCGGCGUCUUCGAGCUGCAGAUCCACUCUUUCGGGCCGGGACCAGGUCCGGGCGCCCCGCGGUCCCCCUGCAAGCCCGGGGGCUCCUGCCGUCUCUUCUUCAGGGUCUGCCUGAAGCCAGGGCUCUCCGAGGAGACCGCCGAGGCUCCUUGCACCCUGGGCGCGGCGCUGAGUGCCCGCGGGCCGGUCUACACUGCGCAACCUGGAGCGCCAGCGCCUGAACUGCGGCUGCCGGACGGCCUCCUGCGCGUGCCUUUCCGGGACGCCUGGCCGGGCACCUUCUCUCUCAUCAUCGAAACCUGGAGAGAGGAGUUAGGUGGACAGAUUGGAGGGGCCGCCUGGAGCCUGCUGGCGCGCGUGGCCGGCCGGCGUCUUCUGGCAGCUGGGGGCCCGUGGACCCGGGACGUGCAACGCGCAGGCGCCUGGGAGCUGCGCUUCUCCUACCGUGCGCGCUGCGAGCCGCCGGCCGUCGGGGCUGCGUGCGCGCGCCUCUGCCGCUCGCGUGGCGCUCCCUUGCGAUGACCCGGAAUGCGUCCCUGCGCGCCCGUUGAGGACGAGUGCGAGGCUCCGCCGGUGUGUCGAGCAGGCUGCAGCCCAGAGCAUGGCUUCUGUGAGCAGCCCGAUGAGUGUCGAUGCCUGGAGGGCUGGACUGGGCCCCUCUGCACAAUCCCUGUCUCCAGCAGCAGCUGCCUCAGCUCCAGGGGCCCAUCAUCUGCCACCACUGGAUGCCUCGUGCCUGGGCCUGGGCCCUGUGAUGGGAACCCGUGUGCCAAUGGGGGCAGCUGUAGUGAAACCCUGGGGUCCUUCGAAUGCACCUGUCCCCGAGGGUUCUACGGGUUGCGGUGUGAGGUGAGCGGGGUGACAUGUGCGGAUGGACCUUGUUUCAACGGUGGCUUGUGUGUGGGGGGCGCAGACCCUGACUCUGCCUACAUCUGCCACUGCCCGCCCGGUUUCCAAGGCUCCAAUUGUGAGAAGCGGGUGGACCGGUGCAGCCUGCAGCCAUGCCGGAAUGGCGGACUCUGCUUGGAUCUGGGCCACGCCCUCCGCUGCCGCUGUCGCGCCGGCUUCGCGGGGCCGCGCUGCGAGCACGACCUGGAAGACUGCACCGGCCACACUUGCGCCAACGGCGGCACUUGCCUGGAGGGAGGCGGCGCGCGCCGCUGCUCCUGCGCGCUAGGCUUCGGCGGCCGCGACUGUCGGGAGCGCGCCGACCCGUGUGCCGCGCGCCCCUGCGCCCACGGCGGCCGCUGCUACGCGCACUUCUCCGGCCUCGUCUGCGCCUGCGCGCCGGGCUACAUGGGCGCGCGGUGCGAGUUCCCGGUUCACCCCGACGGCGCGGGCGCAUUGCCGGCGGCCCAGCCCGGCCUGAGACAGGGGGACCCACAGCGCUUCCUUUUGCCGCCAGCUUUGGGACUGCUGGUGGCCGCGGGCUUGGCCAGCGCUGCGCUCUUGCUGGUCCACGUGCGACGCCGUGGCCCUAGCCGGGAUGCUGGGCCUCGCUUGUUGGCGGGGACCCCGGAGCCAUCGGUCCACGCGCUCCCUGAUGCACUCAACAACAUGAGGACGCAGGAAGGUCCCGGGGACGGCCCGAGCCCAUCCUCAGACUGGAGUCACCCUGAAGAUGGAGACGCUCGUUCGAUUUACGUCAUCUCUGCUCCUUCCAUCUAUGCUCGGGAGGUAGUUAACCCACCUCUCCCGCCUCUGCACUUUGGGCACAAUGGACAGAGGCAGCCCCUGCUUUAG